CAAAUAAAAUUUAAAUCAAAAAGAUUUUCUCCAAUUAAUAUGAUUUUCAAAAAAGUAAUACAUUGUAUAAUUUUAAUUAACAUGAUAAUUAUAUAUCGUAAUUAAAUUAGACAAUUUUUUUUUUAUCAUUUUAUUUCCGUUUAAAGCAUCCGGUUUAUAUGUAUAAAUAGAAAUUGAUGUUCGAAAUAAAUGGACAGUCGAAAUUAAAAAAUGUGGCGAAUCCUUUUAUUUGUUAUCUUAUCUGGAUUUUCCAUGGCAUAUCGUAUAACUGAACAUGAAUCUAUAAUUUCAAAGAAACAUAUCAAUUUAACUGAUCCAAUUUUCAUCAAAGAUGCACCAUAUGUUGCGACAGUAUUAACAAAAAACUGUUUUAAACCUCAAAGGAUCAGUAUUGCGAUAAUAAUUACGAGCCAAUAUUUAAUAACUACUGAACGCCUUUAUGAAUCUGAAGUUUCAAGAUUAAAAGUCGUGACAGGAACAACACAUUUAGAAAAUGCUUCACACUCAGAUACAUUUAAUGUUCAGAAAAUUAAAUGUGACGAGCUUGAAAGUGCCCACGAGCAUAAAAGUGAUAUGUGUAUUAUUAAGCUAACAACAGAAAUGAAUUUCAAUGAAUUUCGAAAGCCAAUUACUUUAUUGAGUAAAGAAUAUUUUGACGAAUUUAAAUAUGAAUAUGGUACAUCUGAAUUGAAAGUUAUCGGUUAUGGAAGAAAAAAGAUGUCGCAUGUUGAACCCUUUGCCUGUAUGGGGAAUUUAAAAAAGAAAGAAUUAAAAAUUCCAAAUAAAUCACUAAAUUUGUUAGGCAGAUAUUUUAAACUUAAAACAGGUAGUUAUACAUGUGCAGGCGAUAUUGGUACUCCUGUAAUUUGGAACAAAAAAUUGGCAGGUCUUGUUGUUGAUGGUCCAAUAUGUGAAAAUAAUAUUUGUGAUAUAGGCAUUUUUUCAGGAAUUAUUCACUGCUACAAGUGGAUAGAAGAAACGAUCGGUACAAUUAAUUUGCGAAAUGCUAAAAAUUUUUCCUACAAUUCUAUUAAUGAUAUUUGAGCACGAUAGUAUUUUUCGUACAGAAAUUAAUAAGUAUAUAAAUAUUUUCAUCAGACUCGUCUCUGUAAAUUGCUCAGAAUUCAUUUAUAUUGCUUAAAAAAAAUUGUAUAUAAAUUUAUAAUUACUAAAAUUUGUACAAAAAUCAAAUAAUUUGGUGACACAAAAAUAAGUUCGAAAAAUCAAUUAGGGUAAAUGCACUAAUUGCGGCGCGAUUCGAGUCAAAACACUUUUGAAAUAGAAAAUUCGACAUUUCUAUUGUAUAAACUCAAUUUAAGACUUAUUAAACUUAAAGCUUAUGUUAUUAAGAUAUUAAAAAAAAAUUUUAACUCUAUAAAAAUCGAUUAUUUAAACAAAUAUGAGAAAUUAAAACUAAUACCGUAAUUUUCUAUUGCGGCGAGUUUGUAUCAGUUUCGGUGUAUCAAUUGCGGUGACCAAAAUUACGUGUAUUUUGAAGAUACUUUGCCCGCCGAAAUUGAAGCCAAUGGAAAUCUUAAAAAUGUUUCAAUUGCGGCGCGGAAAAAAAUUUGAUCUCAAAUAAUUAAAUUAAUAAUUGUUUAAAUGUGCAUCUUUAUAAGUAUUUGUAUCAAAAAAAGAUUGAAAUAAUUUUUUUUAAUCAUUUGGCAACAGUUAUAUUAAAUAUAAUAGUAAUAAUAGUUAUUUUUUAUGAAUGCGCCGUUAUUGGUGCACUCGCCGUAAUUAGUACACUUACCCUAGUUUAAAUUAUAAUUCUUUUAAAUUUAAAGUUGGAUCAAAAUAAUUUGAUAAAAUAAAAAUUUGGUAUCUAAAAAUUAUGUUA